CAAAGGAAGAGUGAAAAAAAGAGAAAGUGUGUGUGUUUAUCAGUCCAUAGGAUUUGCACAGACUGCAAGCUAUUGGAACUAAUUACAUUUUGGUCAGUUGACUCACAGGGAAAAGUUUUAUUGAUACGUGAAAACAGAGUAUAUGCAGUUAAUGUUUAGCAUUUAGGCUCUGAUGUCAUCAUGCCCUGCAGCAUACACUUCAGGCUGCACACAGGGAAAUUGGGAAUGACUAUAACAAAAUCUUCCCCCACAGGAAUUUUUGCAGUGUGAAGUGUAAUGGCAGAGAAAAAGAGUCUGUUGUGCCACUACAAACCUGGAGUUUGUGUCACGUUUCACAAAUGGCUGUCGCUUGGAAAUUGCAGAUAUAUUUUAUGCAUUCAUGACAUGCUCGCAGCACCUCUACGUGGUGAAAUUCUAGAAGUUAACGUCUACCACCUUCAUGCCCAUCCCAAGGAGAGCAAGUGAAGUAUCCAGAGCAAAGGAACAGCUGAAGAGAGACAGGAAAUGUCAGAGGGAGAGAGAGAGAGAGAUGACAUGCAGCAAAGGGUCUGGGCUGGACUCGAACCCCAGCUGCUGCAGAAAGGACUCAGCCUUGUACAUGGGGUGUGCGCUGUACCAGGUGAGCCACCGCGGCGCCCCAAACUAACUUUCCACUAUUUUGUUUAGUAUGUGUAUGCAAGUCAUCAUGAAUCAAUACAUGAAAUGCAACUGUUCAUACUUUCAAAGAAUCUCUUCAUCAGACCAUCUGACAUAAAAACACCGAAUUAAGUAUUUUUAAAGCAGCAUAACAAGGCCACAUCAGUUCACCAGAUACGUGGUGUGUUUUCCACCACAAUGCCCAGCAGUACAAAAUGUAACACAUGUUUUUAAAAUGAUCCUGCAGUUAUCACUCAAAGAAUAUGUGUUUUUAUUCAUUGCUGAUAUUAAGAAGAAGCUAGAGCACAAUGCUACAAUAGAUUUGACAAGUUAUAUAACAAAUGUGAUUUGUCCAGAUAAAAUAUCCUCUGUGCUGCUUAUUUGUUGUUCAUGUAUUCAUCAAAGCGACACACAUCUGCAUUCAAAGAAAACUGUGUAAGGAAUGUAGCAUUAUAGCUAGAAAGUGAAUGAUGACAUUAAAAAUAAUAAUAUUUGAAAGCUGAAUGUGAUUUUAGGUAUACUGGAGAUCAGUUCUUACAAACACUGUUCAAUUCAUUGGGUCAGAAUGAAGCAGCAAUGGCAGACUGGGGACAAAGGCAAAAUUCUCAGAAAAACGUUAUAAGCCACCAUACAUAGCUUUGGUUAGAAUUUGUAUUUUGCUGUUUUAUUAUGUCUAUAUACUGUAUGUUCAUGUAUGACUUCCACUGAGGGAGACAUUGUCCAUAUCUAUCAUGGUACGGUGACAUGUAUACCUUUUGAAAAGUGAAAAUGCUAUAGGUGUGCAUUCACUAAAAUUAAUAUACGAUCCAAUCCAAAAUUACAUGUAAUAAAAUUAAGCAUUAGCAUCUUUAGCUUGUGUCACUUCCAGUCACUUGUCCAGUAUAGUUCAUUAUACUGUUAAGAGUCAAUGCACAACUCUUGUAGAGGUUUAAGAUUUCCAGGUGAAACUGAACUAUAGGCUUCUAAAAGUGAAUAGACUUUUGUUGGCUUAGAGCAAAAAUCGUGAUCCAGUUAGUGAUGUGAAAUAGACGCAAGUGUAAAAGAAGACAGAAAAAAAUGUGCUUACGCCCAAAAUAGUUUCAGUUUGGCAGCUCUCACACUUUUAACAUUUUUUUCUUAAGGAGCUGCAGACAUUUUUUUCCCCCUCAGACACAAGUGGGAGGUAAGUGUGUUAUGAAUUUGUGGGAAGCAUGGCCUCAGAUGCUCACUGUCGACCAAUGAAAGCACUGGGGAGCUGCUUACAAUAUAAGGUCAUAUAGCUCUUCACAUGUUUGCAAUCCCUACUUCCUGAAGAUCAAUAUCAGAAGGACACGCAAAAUAGGCCGCUACAGUUUAUUCCUUUGGCACUUGAACUGACAAAUAAAAAGAGCACUGUACUUUAUUUUUAUUCAUCUGAAUUGAGUUGGAGUAAUAACAGGAAAACCUCUGUGAGUGCAGAUUAAUUUAAGUUUUUAAGUAGUUAAGAAAUGUUAGCAAUUAUAGUAAAAGGUCUCAAAACAUUCUUAAUAUACAAAGUUAUGGUGUUUUCAUUGUAUUUAUUUAUUUACUUACCCACGUACUUAUGUCGAGGUCACAGUAACACCCAAAAGGAAUGUCUCUGAUGAAAACAGGUAAAUGUAAAAAAGGAGGGACGGUCUUUUCUUACAGUGAUCUCUCUCUUCAGCCUACAAGGAUACUGUCUGAUCAUCAUAAAGAUAACAUGUUUGUGUUCAUAAGCAGUGUUUCUUCCUGGAGGCUUAUCAUGGAACUUUUGAAGAAAAGCAAUGUGUGUGCGUGUGUUUGUUAAUGUGCAAACACUUAAGCACUUGAUCCAGAUUAAAUGGAAAUGUGGAAUUUUACUUGCCUCUUUCAUGACACAGACGUUAACUUGUGGUUUAUGGUUUUCAGGGCUGUUACACAUCCUCUAAAGCUGGAUGUCUUUACCAAUAGAUUGGUAAACCAGGCCUUUGUUGAGAUUAAUCCUCAUAUCCUACCUGUUACACAAUAACUAGAUUCUUUACUUUUUUUCAACAAUGAGGUAACUUCAGUCAAAAGGCACUUUUUUUAUUCCCGUAUUUUAUUAAUCUUCCCUCCUUAUCACAGCUGCCCUAAAGAAUAAAAACAAAUCUAAUAUUGUAUUCUUACCAGAACUUGGUGUGUGUGGGAGUUAUGCACUAGAGUAUAUUUUUACCAGUGGUGAAAGACGAUCCUUUACUUAAGUAAAAAUAGCAAUACCACAAUUUAAGCAAGUUAAAGUCGCACAUUCAAAAUUCAAAGUAUAAAAGUAUUAGCUACAAAAUGUACUUAGCAUGGUCCCUUCCAGAGAUUUAUGUUAUAUAUAAUAUAUUAUUGCAUUGUUAUUAUUGAGAGAUUAACAUGUAUGUAGCAUUUUAAUGUUGCAGCUGGUCGAGUUGGAGCAACUUUUUAAUACUAUAACAAUGUAAAGUAACUAUAGCUGUCAAAUAAAUGUAAUUGAGUAAAAAAAGUACAAUAUUUCUCUCUGAAAUGUAGUGGAGUAGAAGGAUAAAGCAGCAUCAAAUGGAAAUAUUCAAGUAAAGUACAAAAACAUUUUGAUAUCACAAUAAUAUUGCUAUAAUAUCUGUACAUUGUCAUUCUAAAAUUACUUUAUGAUGACCAUAGUUUGGUAUUUUUUUUAAAUCGGGUAAGUUGAAACGGUCAGUAAGUUUUUUUUUAAUUGACAAAAUGGCAUUUUACCGUGUAGUUCUGCACUCUUCCAAAUCUAAGUGUUUUUGUAAAUAUUGUGCUUACUCCAGCGUGUUUUCAAAGCUCUGAUAUGACUAAGAUGCUGAGGCUGACUGAAUCACUGUGCGGUAGCACUGUGUGCAACAGUGCUACUGUUUGCACAGCAAGCAAAUCCCAUGACUCCGCCCCCUGAGCAGGCUGUUUAAUUCCCGUGGUGAUGCCUGGUUAGUAACUUAAUAAAGCUGCUGGAUGCAAUCCCGGGGCACAAUGUGUGGAUCAUGUUCAUCUGACAGACCUGCUCUCUGCUCCACUCCUGCGUUGACACAGCCUGCUGCUUUCCUGAGGUUCCUGUCCUGGUGUAACUGUCAGAGCAUAAUGGUGGCUUUUAAAGGGAUCUGGACCAAGGACUUCUGGAGAGCUGUGUCUGGAGAAUACCUUGCCACUCUCAUCUUUGUCCUUCUCGGUCUGGGCUCCACCAUCAACUGGGCUGCAGGGGAGGAGAAGCCUCCCCCAGCUGACCUAGUCCUUAUCUCCCUGUGCUUUGGCCUGAGCAUCGCCACUAUGGUGCAAUGUUUUGGCCACAUCAGUGGUGGACACAUUAACCCGGCGGUCACUGCAGCUAUGGUGGUGACUAGAAAGCUGAGCCUGGCAAAGGCGUUGUUCUAUGUAGUGGCUCAGUGCCUGGGAGCCAUUACAGGUGCUGGGAUCCUCUACCUAGUCACACCUGCUGCUGUUAGAGGGUCCCUCGGUGUGACCACGGUGAACUCUGGCAUCUCAUUAGGACAUGGCCUUCUUGUGGAGCUCCUUAUCACAUUUGAACUGGUCUUUACCGUCUUCGCCACCUGUGAUCCCAAACGUACAGACCUAGGAGGCUCUGCUGGCCUUGCCAUCGGCUUUGCUGUAGCUAUUGGUCACUUAUUUGCAAUCCCUUAUACAGGAGCAAGCAUGAACCCUGCGCGAUCCUUUGGGCCUGCGAUGGUCACACUUAACUUCGAGAAUCACUGGGUGUACUGGGUGGGACCCAUUCUGGGGGGCAUCCUGGCUGCUGGUCUGUAUGAGUACCUGUACUGCCCUGACCUUGACAUAAAGAAGAGGCUGAAGCAGGUCUUUCAGAAGGACACGUCAGGGAAAUACAGGGAGGUGGACACAGAGGACAUUGCCAUCAAGCCGGGCUCCAUCCACACCAUCUCUGAUCUGGAGAAAGCUGAGAAAAAAGAUUUCCAGGACUCGACAGGAGAAGUGUUGUCUUCAGUAUGACUAUCACGUGCACUGGAAAUGGAGACCAAUCUGUAGACCAGAGUGACAGUCAAACUUGUGAGUGUCCAUCUUCAGCCUCUAUCCUAAAAGCAGAAUAUAAUUUCUGUCCAUGAGGCUUCACAGCAAGGCUGAAUUACCCUCAUUGUCAUAAAGCUAACAUGAUGUUAUGGCUCAAUCCUACAAACAUCUACAACCUGUUCAAUACUUCUCCCGAGGCCCUCCCGAGGCCCUCCUGAGGCCCUCCCUCAAUGAUUUAGUAGUAGUGUUGGCAUGCGGUGCACAUUGCACGUUGCGGAAUGACAGCCUGCAAUACAUUGUGUUAAGGAAAUAUGUGUAGGGUCAACUAAUUAUGUGAGGUCAUCACUCUGAAUUGGAGAAGUGAAGAAGAAAAUGCAGCCUUUUUAUUUUUGGAUUAGUGUCACAUUUAGUCCACGUAUUGUAUAUGUAAUAACAGGAGAGAUUUUCCUUGUGAUCAUUAAGCACAUUACAGGUCCCAAGCAAUGUAAGACAGCUCUGACAAGCUUUAUAUCAGAGUUGUAUUACAGUGCGCUCUAUUUUCAGUGCAUUAGUCAGGGAAACAACCAGUUCAUCUUUAUGGAAACACUGUACUGUAAAAGUCUAUCUCCAUUUUUUGGUGUUUAUUAUGUUUAUUACUACAUAAUGAGUGUAUUUUUUCUAUUUCAUAAAAUUGUGAUUCUUAGCUGUUUUUAUUUUAUAAAUCUAGAUUUGGUUCUUGUAACACAUGUCUUGUUUCUCUGUGUGAUUUGCUGUAUUACAUACUUAAGUAUUUAACUUAUUGAUGAUUUGUUGCUGAUCUGUCUUCGUGUUCAGAUAUUUCUCAGUUCUUGUUCCAUGCUCACAAACUGGAAGUGCUACAAAAUGGAAAAGAUAUUAAGUUGUAAUAAUAAAGUAAUUUUUAUUUAAGUAACUGUUAA